AUGACUAGAUUCAUAAACUUAGAAUCCGAACCCAUCCAAGAGAAAGUCCCCGAUGCCAAAAGCCAUAUAAGCAUUGGAGGUUGCGAGCUUAAUAUGAUUCUUGUUGAGAACAAAUUUGUCCCAGUCUUCAAAGACGGCGCUUGUUGGUUUCUCAAUCGAAACAAUAGUACCAAAGCGAUCUUUCUCAUAGGCAGUCUUGCUGGCCAGGUUCCACGUGGAAGGACCGAUCUCAACAAGUCAACAGCAUUCUUGCAGGUCAGACCAAACUCGCUCUCCAGCUUCAUCAGAGUCUUGUUUAUGCCAAUGCCCACAAAGUUCAAACUGAUGAACCCGUUCGGUGUCAAGACCAAUGAUCAUCUUUCUGUUGUUGUUGUUGGACAAGAAUGUCUUCACGAGACGGUUGAUGUCGUUUUCUUUUUCAGUUACGGUCGUUUUGAUGCGAGCUGCUCCAAUUUGCACAACCGAAGUAGACAUCUUUGGAAAUAUUAUGAAGAGAGGAAAGGACCUGUGUAG